AUGAAGAUUCGGAUCAAUAUCAAUUACCAGAAAGAGCAUACCGUUGUGUUCAUAUUUGGGGCUAAUCUGAUAUCUAUGGCUCCCCACAUCUUGCCCAUGUCCUCACACAGAGCAGAGAAGAGCUGUGGUCCCCUCAACCAGCCCAUCAACGACACGAUAACAUCAGCUUCCAUGAAGGUUCGAGAGAACCCAACAGUCCCGUUACCAAAUGAGACGAAUCUGGAUCAGAAUGAACCUGGCAUGGAAAGUUUGGAAGUCGGGGGAGUCAUGGUUGGCUUCUCCAACAAGUGGGUGCAUCCUGUUGUGAUGCAGAUCGAGGAGUGUCAACUCGAAAAGAUCGAAGAACCCGAACACCCUCUAGUCUCGACAGUCUUCCAAACUUACCCACACGGGAUACGUUGCGGAAUUGACAUUAUCUGGCAUGAGAACCUAAUAGUUCCAGGAAACUUCGAAUAUGCCAAGGACGGGUUGCGGGGUCGACUCGAAGGCGAAGAGCAAGUUCAGUUCAACCGCAAGCUCCAGCAUGAACAUAAGCAGCGUGAGCCCGAACUGCCGAGCAUAUCUUCCACGAUAGCUCGUGUUUUCCCAAACAACAAGGCCCAGACGACGAAAUCACGGAUGAGGAAUCUCUUCAGUAAUAUCACAUAUCAAGAUAUUCACUUUGAACUGAAGUGGCCACGUUUGGCUUGGUUCAAAUUCCCCAAGGCUAUGAUUACAGCCAUGAAAGAUUUCUUGUCUCAACUCAAGAACUAUGUGAUAUCUCUUAACCUGGCAUUGGCUGCUACUGUGAUCUUCUUUGAUCUGCAAAAUAAAGACAAAGAAGAAGCUGUGAUAGCUCGCGAGAAUUUUGUUGAGGCACGCUCAAAGGCGUACAAUCGCGAGUACAUGAUAUUCAUUGGGCAAAAAAGAGUCAACCAUUUGCUCUCUCUUGACCCGUCGGAAGAGCGCGAAGACUUCCUCGAUCCCAGUCUGCGCCCAAUUGCAGUCCAUCGCCCGGUUCUCAUCCGCAAUAUAUACAAGCAGCAGGUCGCAGAGAGGCUGCGGUUCUUCGACAAGUACAACAUCGACUACAAAGAUGCGCUGCCAGAGAAAUGA